GUUUAGCCUGGAACCACGUGGAUGAAAUAUUUAUUAACCACAACAUCAACAGAAACGUUUUUACUAGCUUUGUCAGGUAUAGACGUGGGCACAAACAAGACCUACUUGAAAUCAGCACCUACAAAAUAAAACCAAAAAACAUCUUACUCUUAAUGUAUGGCGGUCUUUAAGACAACAAAAAUUUCUUCUACCACUUUUAAUCAUCAAGAAGAGACUUGAAAUGUUACAGAUUAAGGUAUCAAGCUCAGACUCUUAAAAUGUCAUAUUGUCAGUGCAUAUGAUUUGAACUAGAUUGUAAUAUUUAACAUUAAGAAUUUAGUUAUGGUAUACAGAGUAUAACGGUUUGUGGAUCUGUCAUUGUGUUAUCAUUAAGCUUUGUAAAGAUAGUCAUUGUUUUGGUUUUGUUAAAAUGAUGUUAGGUAGAAAAUAGUAAUAAUUUCAAAUCAGCAUUUAGUAUAAUUAUGAAACUUCACAAAAUCGUGUGGAAAACUAUUAAAGACGAGUUUUAAAUAUGGUUGACCGGAUAGUUAAUUUUCUUACAUCAGAUCCAAGAUUAGUAUUCCGAAGAUUGUUGCGGUUACUGGUAUCAAUUUCCUGGAAGAUUUAAAAUAUCAUCAUGUCACGUACUUCAUUACUAGUAACCUUCGUUGUUUAAAGCGGAAAUGUCGCAACUCGUUUGCUUCAUUUUGUUUUCUUUUUGGAUCCUUCAAAUGAUCCGCAACACUUCCGUUGGAGUUGAUGCCAUAGAGAGUGCGUCGAGUUAUUUAACGUAUAAUAAAUAUUCUUGCGUCCUUGUACACAUCAUACGUUAAUUAAGCCAUCAAGAUGUAGCAUUACUGGCGUUGUUUCAGUAAAAAAAAUUAUUGGUAAAAUAUUAAAUUUUAAUUACGCAGAAACAACAAAGAAGACAGGAAAAAAAACUACAACCAGAGACUAUGUUACAACGAAUUCAAAGAGAAAAAGAACUGAGAAGAAAAGCACACAUCUUCGUCAUUCAAAAAUUAAACCGUUUAUUGACAAAGAAAUUAAUCGUGACUAAUAAGCUCCUUUGUCGGCCCCAUGUAACCCAUCUUUUACGUGUAAUCUGAUGCUUGCUUCCACGGUUCCACCCCGACUUAACUGCCACAUAUACACUUUGGUCAUUCAAACUUACCAAACACAAAGCGAAUUCGUUUUUGUUUCAUGCUUUUAAGAAUCACAAUCUCAACAUUCCAAAUAUAUAUAAAACACAAUCUCAACAUUCCAAGCAUGGGGUGGCAUUCUCGUAGUUAUCUCCAUGACAAGGGGCACUUUACAAUAGAAAACACUCGGGAUACUUUUUUAUCGACGAUUCCUAAGCAAAAUAUUACCGAACAGACACCUCUCUGUCUGUCUCUUUUAUAUGUCUUCUCAAAAACGAAAAAGUCUCUUCUCCGUCAACAUUUCACUUUCCCUCUUUCCCUCUUGUUAAUCUCUCUCUCUCUCUCUACACUCAAAGAAAACACAGAGACUCUUCACGCGCCAAAAAAAAAAAAACUCACCACCUUCCUCUCUCCCUUACCAUGACUUCAGACUCUGUCAAGCAUACUUCUAUCCACGGCGGAACAACCAUCUCCGCCGCAUCCUUCGAAUUAAAAAGCUUUAUCUCCGCCGCGAAACCAAGAAAAGCCUCGACUUUUGUAUACGCCUUCGUCAUAAGCUUCGUUGCCUUCACUGUUCUCUUAGUCUUCACACCUUCUCCCAUCACCGUCUCUCAUUCCAUUCCUUCAUACAUCCUCCCUAAUGUCACUGCCUCCUUGACUUCACCGUCCAGUUUCACCGGAAACACCCCAUUGCCGGAAAAUCUCACUCCGGCGCCGGAAAAUCUCGCUCCGGCUACUAAAAACGCAACCUUUGAGUCUCCCAUCGCUAAUGGAGCAAAUUCACUUGCUUCUCAGCCCCGGACCGACCAUGCAUUGGACAACAUGUUGUCUCCGGACAACAAGACUAAUGAUACUGCUCCAAGUUCCGACAAACUUGGAUCCGCGGAAGCACCUCUGUCCGAAAAUCUAACCGUCAAUUCCUCUGCUUUAAAGAAGAGAAAACAGAGGAGGAAGUCGUGGAUGAGACGAGAGAUAAAGUCUUUAAAGAACUGCGAGUUUUACGAGGGAGAGUGGGUGAAAGACGAUUCGUAUCCGCUUUACAAACCCGGUUCGUGUAAUCUCAUCGAUGAACAGUUUACUUGUAUCUCCAACGGGAGACCUGACGCUGAGUUUCAGAAACUCAAGUGGAAGCCAAAGCAAUGCACUUUACCACGGUUGAAUGGAGGCAAAUUGCUGGAGAUGAUUAGAGGAAGAAGACUUGCGUUUGUUGGAGAUUCACUGAACAGGAACAUGUGGGAGUCUUUGGUUUGUAUUCUCAAAGGAUCAGUGAAAGAUGAGAGUCAAGUCUUUGAAGCUCAUGGACGGCAUCAGUUCCGUUGGGAGGCUGAGUACUCUUUCGUCUUCAAAGAUUAUAACUGCACUGUGGAGUUCUUUGCAUCACCUUUCUUGGUUCAAGAAUGGGAACUUACGGACAAGAACGGGACUAAGAAGGAGACUUUGAGGUUAGAUGUGGUCGGGAAGUCGUCUGAGCAGUACAAGGGAGCUGAUAUUCUUGUGUUCAAUACAGGACAUUGGUGGACUCAUGACAAAACUUCCAAAGGGGAGGAUUACUAUCAAGAAGGAAGCAAUGUACACCCGAAACUCGACGUGGAUGAAGCUUUUAAGAAAGCAUUAACAACUUGGGGUCGAUGGGUUGAUAAGAAUGUGAAUCCAAAGAAGUCUCUUGUCUUCUUCCGUGGAUACUCACCUUCACAUUUCAGUGGAGGGCAAUGGAAUGCAGGAGGGGCAUGUGAUGAUGAAACAGAACCGAUCAAGAACGAGACUUACCUAACGCCUUACCCUUCUAAAAUGUUAAUACUUGAAACAGUUCUAAAGGGAAUGAAAACGCCGGUCACGUAUCUCAACAUCACGAGGCUAACAGAUUACAGGAAGGACGCUCACCCAUCUGUUUAUAGGAAACAUAAACUAUCUGCAAAAGAAAGGAAAUCACCAUUGUUGUACCAAGACUGUAGUCACUGGUGCCUCCCAGGUGUGCCUGAUUCUUGGAACGAGAUUCUCUAUGCUGAGAUGCUUGUAAAGCUCCACCAGCUUCGUGGCAAUAGAAGGCGGAAACCUAAAAGUUUAUAGGAGUUAGAAUCCUUUUCUUAAGAUGAUGAAUACAGAUCUUUUAGGAAACACUUAGAAUCAAUUUUCACUUUUCAGAUUUGUGCCACUGAAGGUGUAGAGAAAGUAAGAGAUGGGAGUCACAUUAGUGUUUCAUGAUGUACGUACGUAAGAGAUGAGUUAAUCACCUUAUGUUGCUGCAUUUGUAGUCAACUACGACUAGUGACUUAUUUUUUUGUGAAAAUAAAAGAUUUGAGCCAACAUUUGUCUAAAUUCCAAUGCAUACCCCUUUACUUAUAAUAAUGAUCAAUCGAUUGGUCAAACGAAUACACUUAGAAUUAAGAGCCCUGCAACGACUUUGGAUUUAAAUUGACACAGAUCUUUUGCUUCAAAGUAAUAGUAUGAGCUAAGAACAUAAAGAAUGCACCAGUCCUUUAAUUACAGUAUUAUGAUGAAACUCACUAGAGCCAUCUAGAUACAAUCUGAAUGAUAAUGUCACAGGUGGAAAGAAAGCAUGAACAUACUCAGUCGUCCUUCAUGAGACUCCUCCGAUCCUCUUGGUGUGCAACCAAAACCACCACCAUCCACGUCUUUUGUAUCUCACAAUGUUAUCAGCAGCCUUAUCCAAGUCCUCCUCCUUCGCGUCAGUUCCCUCUCUCUUUCUUUCUUUCUUUCUUUCUUUCUUGAGAUUGCAAAUUUGAAAUUAAACUCUUAUAGAUUGUUUAUUUUGAUGUUGUUAUGUCGGUCUCUGUGUAAAUGUUUAGUUAUUUUUUUCGAUUUUUUCUCAGAACAGUGUCUCGACUUAAGUAUUUUCUUGUUAGAGACUUAGAGCUGCUACUCUUUGACUCUCGUAAGAUUUAGUUUCCUUAGUUAUUGCUUUAAGCAAGCGAGAGACUACUCUCUUGACUGUUUUGGCCUUCUGAUUUGUUGAAUCCAUGGCAAUAUUUGUGGUUUUUGUCUCCUGCUCUCUCUCUCUGUGGAUGGGCUUUGUUUGAUGUUACUAUUAUUAGCUCCACCUUCGAGAUUAUUAUCUCUUCCAUAUGGUUCAGUACUGUUUAGUUUGACUUGCUUUGUCCGUUGAUAUUGUUAGCUAGCUAGGUUGGAGGACUAAACGGGUUAUAACUCCACAUCUUUAACUGUUUUCUCUACAAACUGUUAUAUAGGCCUGGCCAU